AUGAGGAGCCUCGAGGAUCUCCUCUGCACCGAGACGAUUUGGAUCGGCGCCCACUCGGUGAUAUAUAGAGCCAUCGAUCCUGCCACAAGCAACAUCUAUGCUGUGAGAGAGGUCGACUGCAGUGAGCUGAGCGAUGACUCCGUUUACUUUCAUAUGCUACGCCAAGAGGGCCCUCUGCUGGACUCCUUGGAACAUUCUAACAUUGACUCGCCCGUGCUGUACAGCGCAGACUACGACGAUAAUACCCUUUGGCUAGUCUUUCCACUAUACAAGCACGGAUCUCUCUCCGACGUGCUCGAGCGGUUCCGGAAAAGCAAUGCACUUCCCUCAGUCCAAUUCAUUUAUUCUGUCAUGAACGCUCUCUCCCGAGCACUCCAGUACCUGCACACCUCAGCUACCUUUGGGGACUACACCGGUUUCUUGCACCGGAACAUAACGAGCAAGUCAGUCUUCGUGGCAGACGAUGGUACGGUCCUCCUUUCGGGCUUCGACUUUGCGUGCCCCCUGACCCUUCUGGCUGACAAGGAGCAAUUACAGGUUUACGGGAGUAGGGCGUAUGCUCCUCCAGAGCUAGAAGACAGAGUACUAACAACGGCAAGUGACGUUUGGGCGUUAGGAUGCCUGGUGUAUGAAAUGUGCACUUGUAGCCUUCUGUUCGUGGAUGCCGUUCAGGAGAGCAGAAAGGAAUUUCAAAUCUCAGACAUAGCGCUCCAAACCCCUGAGCUAUCAAAACUUUGCCAGCGAAUGCUGUCCCUUGAUCCUACAGAAAGAAUAACAGUUGAUGAGAUCCUCGAGGAUCAGCGCGUGUAUAGCAGCUCUAGAACAGUCCUAGACCUUCUGCCCGCUGGAAAUCCUCCGCCUCGUGUACUGCAGUAA